CACAAUUAAGCAAUAUAUUUCAGAUCUACGAGGACUAACAGAUAGACAGUAUCACACAAUUGACUUGAUAUGAUCAUGUUUCUACCUCACAAAUUAUCUCCAAGUUACGACUGCUUUGACUUCAGUGAGGCUAACUAUUCGAUAUCUUGUCCAAUAUCAUCCUCAUUCGGAAACUCAUAUCGUCCACGAGUAGAUGUAACAGACGAAAUCCACUUUGUGAAGGAUGCAGACAAUUUCAUGCAGAUAUGUGGUCUUCAAAGACACCCUCUAUCAAAGAACACGGUGCAUACAUCAAAAACUUUCAACGGCCAUCUGUUUCCUGAUUUCCCCUCAGGAAGAGAAGCAAUAGUUGCAGCUGAUAGUACAAUGACCACUGGUGAUAACAGCUUUGUCUCUAAUCCAUGUACAAGUCAUGAUGCCGUAUCGACAAGAAUUACCAGUGUGGUAGCCGAUACCGUAAAGGACAAAAGCGGUGAGAAGUCAAAAUCCACCUUGAGCAAACUUGAAGAAUUGUACAGACAAAUUCUGAUUUGUCUUGGUGAAAAUCCAAAUCGCCAAGGAUUGAUGAAGACACCAGAGAGAGUAGCAGAAGCUAUGCUUUACUUCACUAAAGGCUAUCAUGAAGAUCUGCGAUAUAUCGUCAAUGAUGCACUAUUCGAUGAAGGUCACAGUGAAAUGGUCAUAGUGAAGAAGAUUGAAAUGUUCUCCAUAUGUGAGCACCAUUUGAUCCCAUUCACUGGUCACGUGUCGAUUGGUUAUUUGCCCAACAAGCGUAUCAUUGGGAUAAGUAAACUAGCCCGUAUUGUUGAAGUUUAUUCACGACGACUCCAAGUUCAAGAGAGACUGACAAAUGAGAUAGCUGACGCGAUAGUUGAAAUACUGAAUCCCUUAGGUAUCGGUGUGAUAAUCGAAGCCAGACAUAUGUGCAUGUCUAUGCGUGGUGUUCACAAACCGAGUGCUGUAACAGUGACACAAAGGAUGGUGGGCCAGUUUCUGACUGAUGAUAAAAUCAGAGGGGAAUUCCUCACUUUGAGCAGAUAAAUUGCAGUACAGUCCUCGAAACUAGUCCUCAAUAACAACAAAAUUACACCCUCCUGCUCGCCAUCACAUGCUGAGAUCUCAUGACUGCCUAAUGAACAUAGAUCAGAAUUAUAAUAUUUACCUAUUGGAUUACCUCGUAUUCAUCCAGCUG